UAUAAUAAAUAGAUGUUUCAGUCAACAGUCCAAGCAGUCGUGAGGGUUUUCUGGCCGCAAAGAAUCAAAGCAAUUUCCCAGCAACUAAGUCUUCUCGAGUCGGAGGAGAAAAUUCUUCACCAUAUUCAUCAUUACAAAGAACUCCAUCAUCGUCAUCAUCAUCAGCAGUGCCGCCGCCGACAAGUACGAACUCCGGCUAGCUGCCGCAUCAUCUGAGAUUCUUGCCGGUGCGAUGUACUAAAGGUUGACUGUGCUGUGACUGAGUGAGGCUAAGGCUGACCAUAGAAAACUUUUUACCCCACCCCACAUACAGAAGUUUUCGAACAUGAAAAAAAGUCAAGAUUGGCCGUAGAGAUUCUCCUCUUUGGGUCGAGCCAGUCGGAGGCUAUAUAAAUACGUGCGGAGAAGAUAUUAACCCGAGUCUCUUCGACAUUAAUGAUACGGUUAAGUCUUCGUGACCUUGGUGUGAUUUAGUACUACCGUCUCCUGUUUUUUAGUUCACGCCUUUUCAAACUUCUAAGGACUAAAGUUUAAAAAACAAGAGAAACUUUCCUAAAACAAUUAAAAUUUUUAAAUAAUUAAAAUUUUAAUAAUUUGGUGCACUCAAAGACAUUCUAACUGGUUCUAAAAUAAUCAUGUUCUGUCCUAUUUUAAUUUUAAAUAAAAUUUUUAAGUAAAAGUGCUAAUUUAAAAUAUUUGUAAAAUUUUUAAACAAUUUCCGGAGGAGAGUUGAAACCUAAACGAACCUUACGAAAGACGAUUCGUAUUAGAUCGAAAAGUGCAUAAGGACCUAAAUUCAAAAUGAAAAAGCAACUGGGUCCAAGUUGGAACCGGCAAUGGUCACCACAUGCAUUACUUACACUCGCCGUCAUCAUUAUCUCAUCAUGCAUCUCAAUAUGCAACGCAGCACCAUUGCAUGAGUCAACCGACCUAGAACAGUAUUCAGGCACUUGUUACUACAAUUACAACCAUUACAACGAAGGUGACAGAAUUCUAACAAACGAGCCAUGUCUCAACUGUACAUGCCACAAUCAAAUGUUGAUGUGCUACCUAAGAGUGUGUCCAUUCACCAAACCAAUAGGUCACGAUUGUGUAGUGGAGAAACGCGAGGACCAAUGCUGCCCAAUCAUCACUUGCCCUGACGUUCCAGUAGAAUUGGUUGAUCACAAAAGCGAUUCAAAGAAUGAAAUUGGCUUCGCUGAGAAAUAUGGCUGCUACAUCGAGAACAAAUUCUAUCCCGAAGGAGCUCAAGUACCAUCAAACCCUCACAAACCAUGCGAACUUUGCUACUGCAUCCGCAAUAGGACUUCAUGUUUAAUGCAAGAGUGUACUCUACAUGUUGAUGGAUGUCAGCCAAUUUAUAACCGCGGUGUCUGCUGUCCUGUUCGAUAUGAUUGCGAACACGAUUCAAUCAUCAGUGGCGGACCGUACCUGGAAGACUCCCACACUACCGUUCGUCCAACUGAAGGAUUUAUCUUGACCACGUUGCCAUCAAUUAAGGACAGUAGCAGUUGUGUCUAUAACGAUGAAACAUUUGCUGAUGGUGCUCUAAUCCCAGACACAAAACCAUGCGAACAUUGCUACUGUAUGAAGGGUGAUAUUGUGUGCGCUGUACAAGAAUGUGCCAUACCUAUAGAGCAUCCCAAUGGAAAGAAUUGUACAUAUUUGCCACCACCGGCAGGAGAGUGUUGUCCACAAUCAUAUAUUUGCCAAGAUGAUGACAUUAUUCAUAACAUCCUAGAUGAGAAACAUGAUUUAGAAUCAUCCCAUGUGGAUGGUGCGAUUACAACCGUAGCAUCACUAGGUGCACAGGAAGAGGGCGGCGAGGAAACUGGAACAACUGAAUCGAGUGGAGAUUUGCAUCAUAAAUUGCAUGAAACUGUUUCGGAAGAAGAUGUCCAACUUCAAGAGCAUAUUGAUGACAUAAUUCAAACUAGCACUGUUAAAUCGUCGGAACCUGAAGCCAACCAAGAAGGUGCUGAAGGCACAACAAUUUCUUCAACUGGAAACAUUAAAUUUGCUCAAGAAGCCACAACACAACUUCCUGAAUCCCAAACUCAUCAUGAGGAAGAGGGUGAACCCAUCCAUGAAGCCGAGCAUCCAUUAGAUAUAAUCGACUCCACACAACGUCCAGUUGAAGACCUUGCAACGGAACAACCUAUCAAAUCGGAGCAAGGAAUAGAACAAGAAUUGACUCCAACCACAGAUAGUUUAGAAAGUACUUAUCUCACUCCAAAUGAAAUUGUUCCAAUAAUUAUUCCUGGCGAAGGUGAUUGUCUAUACAACAAUGUUACCUACAAGAACAACACAGAAGUUCCUAGCGUUACGAAGUGCGAUGAACACUGCAUCUGUCUUAGUAGCAUCAUUAAAUGCAGAAAAGUUGAAUGCGUUGUUGCUCUCGGAGCUAAUUGCAGAGUUGUUGAAAGCAGCGAUCCUGACGCUUGCUGUCCAACAUAUGAAUGUGAGCAGGAUGAACCCACUAAAGACCAUGCAACCGAACAAGCAAUCGAUGAAGAGAAACCUGCCACAACUGUUUCUUCUUUGAGCUUAGAACAGGAAGAAAGUGCUACAGUUGGUGGUGAAGACUCCGAAAAGAAAGACCACAUCGAAGGAGAACUUGCUCCAGGAGAAUCUGCUCAACCAGGAGAAUCACAAUCCGAACACGAACUUUCCGAACCAUUGCCAACCAAGAUUGUUCCAUCUGAAACAGUGGGCGCUCAAGAUCAAGUAGAAGUAGAAGAACAACAUGCUGAAAGUGGCCAAGCGCUAGAAGGAGGGCUAAUCACAGAUCAUACUGAAUCCAACCUUCAAGGUGCUGACGAACAAACCCCUAUCACACAUAUUCAAGAACAAGAAAGCACAGAUAGCCCUGCAAUAUUGAGCCCACAAAUCCCUGAAGGCGAACAAGAACAAGGAUUGCCACAAGGUGCUGGAAGUGACGAAAAAGAGGAAAGCGCUCAUCCGGAUCAUACUGAAGCCAGCGAGCAAUUGCACCCUGAACAGCCAGCCGAAGGUCAUGAAGAAAAUGCUAACCUCGAACCAGAAUCUGCACAACCAACAGACUCUCCUCAGACUGAAAGCGCCCAUCUUCCUACAAUCGGCGUAGAAUCUGAAGCAAAACCAGAAUCACAUACAGAAUCUAGUGAAAGCAUUAUCGAUCAAGAACCCGAAAAGGAUAUUUCUCAAUCCCCCAUUACUGAAAUUAGCCCUGAAACACCAGAAACGUAUUCAGAGGACUUAGGUCUCCAACAACCAACUACAGGCAAGCCGCCAUUGAUCCACUAUCCUAUUCCGGGAGAACAAGACGCUGAAAAGGAGCACGGCACGACCGAAAAGAUCGUUGAACAAGAAAUUGAACAAGCCGGACAGGAACAAAGUACAGAAGGCCAAAUCGCUGGCAGUCAAGAGGCUGACUUAGAUCGCAAACAUGUUCGACCUGAAGAUAUUCCUGAAACUACCGAUAGCGCUCCUAGCCCAGCUCUUGAAUCAAUGAGCCAUGUUACAACUGUUUCUCCGGCUGGAAGUGACAAACCUCUUGAAGAACAUGCAACUGACGACAAACUCUCUGGCGAGGAACUCCUGCCCCAAACACCAUCUGUAGAGAAGGAUCAAGCUGGAGCUAUCCCAAGUGAAUCCCCAGAGCAGUUAGCCGGACAAGAAGAACCACAAGAACAAGGCGGACAAGACCAACGCCUUGAGGGCUCGGGCGAUGAGCAAAUCCAUCCUGAUAUUGCACAAAUACCAGAAGAAGCUAAACCAGAGCAACCAGAUUCAGAUAAGGAAUUGACCACCGAUGAGCUUAUGUCAGCCGUUUUAGAUAUUCUUAAAGCAACCGAUGCUCCAUUGGAAGAACAACCAUUAACAACUGAGAAAAUUUUAGAAAAACCAGCUGAAGAACUCGACGCUUCACUUGCCCCAGAAACUGAAGAAAGCAAACCGGCUGCUCCAGAACUUCCGAUUGAUGAACAAACUCACAAACCAAUCGAUCAAUCACUUGAAGAGAAGCCUCAAGAAAGUGCGGAAAAAGAACCACUUCCUGCUGAAGGACAAGAGGAGCCCAAGCCUGAAAUAGCAGAACCUAGUAUUGAUAAAGAACAGGCAAGUAUGCAAGGCGAACUUCCUUCAGAAACUCCUGCCCCUAGCAUCGAAGAGGCCGCUCAUUCAACCGAAACUUCUGUUGACAAACAAGACCAGGAAUUGGAACAACAAGAACCCGAAAAGCCACUAGAACAUGGUCAAGUUCCAGAAGAUAUCAACAUCCAUCAUCCAAGUGACGACAAAGAUCAUGUAUUCAGCAUGAUGGUAGACAACUUUGAAGAAAAGACAACUGCCCAGCCAGAAAUUGCUGUAGGUCAACCUGCUGAGGAACAACUUGCUGAAGGCCAAUCUACUGAAAGUCAACUUUCUGAAGGUGAACUCGUUGAAAGUCAACCUGCUGAAAGUCUUCCCGUUGAAAGUCAUCCCGCAGAAGGCCAAUCUGCUGAAAGUCUACCUGAAGCAAGUCAACCUGCUGGAAGCUUACCUAGCGAAAGUCAACCCACUGAAACUCAACCUGGUGAAGGCCAACUUGCUGAAAGUCAACCCGCAGAAGGCCAAUCUGUUGAGAGUCUACCUGCGGCCGGCCAAACCGAUGAAACCCUUCCUAGCGAAGGUCAGUCUACUGAAAGCCUACCCGCUGACGGUCAAUCAACUGAACGUCUACCUGCUGGAGAUCAUCCUGCUGAAAGUCAGCCCGCUGAAGGUCAAUCUGCUGAAAGCCUACCCACCGAAGGUCAACCCGCUGAAAGUCAGCCCGCUGUGGAUCAAUCUACUGACAGUUUAGCCGCUGGAGGUCAACCUACCGAAAGCCAACCCGCUGAAAGUGAAGGCGUUCAAAUUCCUGAGGCAGAACCCACUAUUCCAUCUGAAACAAUAAACCAAAUUAUCGAAGAUGCUGAACACCAAACCGAACUACCAGUAAAACAUACAGAAAUUGUUGGAACUAUUAAGCCGGAAGGUGAAUCCAGUACACAGCCUGGACAAUCUGCAGAACAACCUGAUAAAACAGGUGAACAUCCAUCCGACGAUGAACGCAAAGAAGAUAUUGCGUCAGAUCUCACAACAACUUCUUCAAUAUUAGCAGGAGCAGACAAACAAGGAGAGACACUAGAAACCGCCACAGAAAUUCAAGGCGAACAUCCAGGUCCAUCUGAAGCAGUACACACAGGUGAACCAUCUGAAUCCGCAGAGAGUGGAACUCCAUCGCCAGUUAUUCCAGAAAAAGAAGACGAGCACUUAGGCAGCGACAUAAAUAUCACUGAGGGAUCUGUUUCAGCAGACGACAAACAAGAAGGAUUAAUUGAGCAAACAGAAGCCACCAUCAAAAUUGACGAACAGAAGGAACAACUUCCAGAAGAACAUAUUGCCACCGAUCGUACUCCAAUUGAGCAAGCUCAAGAAGAAAAUCUUCCUACAGAGCAUGUCCCAGAAGAGCACACAAUUGCUACAGGUGAUCAAACCUUAGAAGCACAAACACCAGCAUCAGAACAACCUGCUCCAGCUAUUGAAGAACAUUCUCCUGCAUUAGAAGAGCAUGUACCAGCUCUAGAAGAACACACACCUGCGUCAGAAGAACAUGCUCCAGCUAUUGAAGACCAAACACCUGCACCAGUAGAACAUGAACCUGCUUUAGAGGAACAUACACCUGUUACAGAAGAACAUGCCCCAACUAUUGAGGAACAUACUCCUGCAUCAGAAGAACAUGCACCUGCUCUAGAAGAACAUACACCUGUACCAGAAGAACAUGCACCAGCUCUUGAGGAACAUACACCUGCAUCAGAAGAGCUUGUUCCUGCUCUCGAAGAACACACUCCAGCUUCACAGGAAGAACCUCUGAAAGAAAUUGACAGUGUCCCAACUUCACAACCAAUUCCCGAAGAAAACGUUAACGCUAUAGAUGGAUCACUUCCUGAAGAGCACGCAGCUGCUCCAGAGCAAGAAAUUCCUGAAGAACAGACAUCUGCACCAGCUGUACAAAUUGCAGAAGAACAUACGACUAGUUCACAAGAAGCCCACCCAGAAGGACCUGUUUCUAUCCCAGCAGACAGCUUGCCGGAAUCACCUGAAGAACUCGUCCCACAAUCACAUGUUACGGAAUCACCUGAAGAACUCACUCCUGAAGCACAUGUCACUGAUGGUCAACUUUUAGAAGGUGUCACAAGUUCACCAGCUCCUGCUGCUUCUCUUCCAGAUGAAACAAAACAAGAAGCACCUGAAAGUCAUCCCGAACCAGGUCAAUUACCUGAGAGUCAAACCGAAGCAGGACAUCUACCAGAAAGUCACACAGAAUUGGAACACCUUCCUGAAAGUCACACUGAAUCAGAACAACUUCCAGAGAGCCAAACAGAAACAGGCCAUCUACCAGAAACUCAUUUAGGAGCUGAGCCAGAAAGCCAUACUGAAUCAGAGCAGGUUCCACAGAGCCCAGAAGAAGCAGUACAUCUCCCAGAAAGCCAUCUAGAGUCUGAACAUCUCCCAGAAGGCCAUACAGAAUAUGAACAUCUUCCAGAAAGUCAAACCGAAUUAGAACAUUUGCCAGAAAGUCACACCGAAUCUGAACAUUUACCACAAAGUCAUACCGAAUCAGCGCAUCUUCCUGAAAGUCAUCCCGAAUUGGAACAGCUCCCAGAAAGCCAUACAGAAUCUGCAGAGGCGCCUGAGGGUCACGUUGAACUAGGAAGUCUUCCAGAAGGCCAUCCAGAAGAAGAACAUCUUCCUGAAAGUCAAACAGAAUUGGCCCACCUUCCAGAAAGCCAUACUGAAUCGGAACAACUUCCCGAAACUCAUGCCGAAGAUGCUGCUUCUCAAGGAUCUCUUCCAGAGUCUGGAUCUGAAUUAGAUGAUACGCUUAAGGGCGAAAUCUCCGAAAGCACAACAUUAUCUUCCUCAACAGCAGAAGAGGCUGCAAAACCAGCUCUUAUUGAUGAAGACUUAAAUAAAAUUAAACAACCUGCUAUUGGCCAAGAAUCUGGUUUAGGCGAAUCAACGACAGUGCAGUCAGUAGCCGACGAGAAAAUUUCAACGGAACAAGCCAUUCUUGAAGAAGCACACCCCGUCGCCCAAGAAUCUGAUGAAAGUGCCAAACCAGAAGAAGAAGCCGAUCAACAUCACAUUAAAGACCACCUUGCAACUGAACAAGCACCCACAAUUAAGCCUGAUGUUGAAGAACACAAAACAGAAUCUAGUCUAGCAAUUGAAGAAGCAACUCACAAGGAUAUCUCAACUGACGGUUUGAGCCAAACAACCGAAGCUUAUGAGAGUCUGAAUAAAACAGAACAUCACGGCGCAAUUGAUGCCGCUGCACCAGAACAUCCUCAAGAACAAGAAAGUAUCACACAUGAACCUCAGACUACGCAUUCAAGCCACCCGCACCAUCCACACAAACCGCAUUAUCCAACCAGCGGAGAAACCCACGAUGGCUUUGAUCACGGAAGCCAUCCAGCACACGGUCACCCAGGAAGCGGCCACUUUGGAGUGCCUGGAACAGACAGUCAACCAACUGAACCAGACUUUGGACCACUCCCAGGUCAUUACCCAUCAUUCGGUGGUGAUGAGGACUAUACAGAAGAAGAGGACCCAAGCGCCUUUGGACCAGGAACUUGCCGAUAUGGAGGCAAACUCUUUGUAUCUGCUCAACAAAUUCCUCGAGAUGAUCCAUGCGAUUUCUGCUUCUGCUUCCGAAGUGAUAUCAUCUGUUUGCAACAGUCAUGUCCACCACCAAUUUCGGGCUGCCAUGAAGAACCUAUUUCUGGUUUCUGUUGUCCACGAUAUGAAUGUCCUGUUUUAAUGGGCGGAGUACUUAAUUUAACCACAACAACAACAACCACAACCACUGUCCCACCUCUCGCACAACACCGUCCUAGUGAACUGAUUAAGAGGACCGGCUGCUACAUUGGUGGUCAAUCGUACAAGGUUGGAGAAGCUAUCGACUCGGCUAGUGGACCUUGCAUUCAAUGCUCUUGUGGCGGAGAUGGGCAGAUGAAAUGUGAACCGAAAGUGUGCACACCCGAGCCCAUGCUACGACAAAUGAUAGCUGUGGUCGCCUCUCGUCGGAGGUGAACAGCCUAAACGGAUAUUCCAUGAAAUGCACAUCGAAGCUGAGGACAAAAGACAUACACUUAUGUGGCAAAAUCAUCAUUUUUAACUUUAAGGGUGCCAAAUUAUAAAUUUAUUUUCGUUUUUAAACAUGAGAGACGAGAAGUACGCUGGAAUCAAUCUUAAACCUACAUGUUCAUAAAAUAACUAGAUUGUCUAAUCAAUGUAAACGUAUAAGCAAUGAGUGUCUAAUUAUGGAUAUGCUUUGUAGAGAAGAAAACAGAAAUUCAGUGAUAUUGUGCUUUAUACCUAGUGUAGGUGCAGUAGAUUACUUCAGACUUCAGCUCAAUUUCCAAUAACUGAAUAUUAGUCUAAAACGCAACAAAUUAUAAACAAGAACCAUUAAACGCACCAGUUAUCAUCCAUCCUAACGAUUAUAUUUAAACUCCCUACGCGAACUCAUUAUCACAUUUUCCAACUCGAAACAUCCUUCAUGCAUUCGGUGACUCGUACCCUCUCGAUGUAGUCCUUUCCACGAAUCCUUCGCUACUUCUCAUAUAUUUUUAAAGGAUAAUUACACUUGUGAUGGUUGGCGUAAUGUACUACAAUCGUGUAAUGCUAGGUAUACAUUAUUUUAUAACUAGUGCGUUUAAUCACUUAGCUUAGUUGAUUAUACUCGAUGAGACGAAUUUGUCCCACUGCUCGACUGACUGAAAUCUAUCAAAUAAAUUAUAAAAAAAUUGAAUAAUAUUGCCAAUAACUUUUCUACUUUUUUACUAAUGAUAAAAGUUAAAUAAGAGGAGAAAAACACGAAAGUAUAUAGAGAUAGUGUGUAAACGUUGAGUAAAGGUAGUAAUAAAUGAUAAUUAUAUUAAUUAAAUGUAUAUUUCGGUCACUUGAGCCUUAGGAUGAAGGGCAACGUAAUAUUUUAUUUAAGAAUUUUUAAAUUUUUAUUUUUUAAUUAAUAUAAUAAAAUGAAUAAAUAGUAAUAUCAACGCUCAUAUUUAUAUAAAAGGUAUAUUACAGACUCAAAUAUGGAUACAUGAGAAAACGUAUUUUUGAAAAAGAACUCAACAAGAACUACUACUUUUUGUAAUAAUCCUUGCGAUGAAUGGCACAGAGGCGUACACCAAUGAGACCUUGGCGUCAAGGUUCUAUUCAUAUGGUGUAUGCCCGUGUAUUUACACACAUACAAGUAUCUAGAUCAACCAAUUAAGUUUGUAAGUGCCCUUUUAUACAAAUAAAUAAAUUUUUUAUAAAAAUGUA